GUUGGUUCUCAGCAUAAUGAAUGGGCGUGUGGCUAUCCAAACCUCAGGUCUUGGGACAGGUUAAAAGAGAUAGUGGAGGCAGCUGGAGAGAUGGCUGGUUCUACAUUUUUUCUUCACUCUUAUCUUAACUGCUCCUGCUGUCCUCAUGGGGAAAGAGAAGACCCAUAUCAACAUCGUGGUGAUUGGCCAUGUGGAUUCUGGGAAAUCCACAACCACAGGGCAUCUCAUCUACAAGUGCGGAGGCAUUGACAAGAGAACCAUCGAGAAAUUUGAGAAGGAAGCCGCUGAGAUGGGGAAAGGCUCCUUCAAAUAUGCCUGGGUGCUGGACAAGCUGAAGGCAGAGAGGGAGCGAGGGAUCACCAUUGACAUCUCCCUGUGGAAGUUUGAGACCUCCAAGUACUACAUCACCAUCAUUGAUGCUCCUGGCCACAGAGACUUCAUCAAGAACAUGAUUACGGGGACCUCUCAGGCUGACUGUGCAGUGUUGAUUGUGGCAGCCGGCACGGGGGAAUUUGAAGCGGGCAUCUCCAAGAACGGGCAGACCCGUGAACACGCCCUGCUGGCCUACACUCUGGGGGUGAAGCAGCUCAUUAUCGGGGUGAACAAGAUGGACUCCACAGAGCCCCCCUACAGCAGCAAGCGCUACGAGGAGAUCACCAAGGAAGUGAGCGCCUACAUCAAGAAGAUCGGCUACAACCCAGCCUCUGUGGCCUUCGUGCCCAUCUCCGGGUGGCAUGGAGACAACAUGCUGGAAGCCAGUGCCAAAAUGCCAUGGUUCAAAGGCUGGAAAAUAACGCGGAAGGAAGGGAAUGCCACCGGAACGACCCUGAUGGAGGCUCUAGAUUCGAUCGUUCCUCCCUCCCGCCCGGUUGACAAACCUCUCCGCCUGCCUCUACAGGACGUCUACAAAAUUGGGGGUAUUGGCACAGUCCCAGUGGGCAGGGUAGAAACGGGUUUCAUGAAGGCCGGCAUGGUGGUCACCUUUGCUCCCAGCAACGUCACCACAGAAGUGAAGUCGGUGGAGAUGCACCACGAGGCCCUGGCAGAAGCAUUGCCUGGUGACAACGUUGGCUUCAAUGUGAAGAACGUGUCGGUGAAAGACAUCCGCCGGGGGAACGUGGCUGGGGACAGCAAGAACGACCCUCCCAUGGAGGCCAGCAGCUUCACUGCCCAGGUUAUUGUCCUAAACCAUCCUGGGAAAAUCCAAGCCGGCUAUUCCCCAGUGCUGGACUGUCACACAGCCCACAUCUCUUGCAAGUUUGCUGAGCUGAGGGAGAAGAUUGACCGCCGGUCUGGCAAGAAGCUGGAAGACCAUCCCAAAGAACUGAAGUCUGGAGAUGCUGCCAUUGUCCAGAUGAUCCCUGGGAAACCCAUGUGUGUGGAGAGCUUCUCGGCCUAUCCUCCACUUGGUCGCUUUGCUGUCCGUGACAUGAGGCAGACGGUGGCCGUGGGAGUGAUCAAGGCCGUUGACAAAAAAGCCAGUGUGGCUGCCAAGGUGACCAAGUCGGCAGUGAAAGCCAGCAAGAAGUAAAAGCUGCCAGCUUUUAAAGGCAACCGGCAUGAAAAGCUGCAGAAUCGCUUCCCGGAUCCAUCCAACAUGAAAGUAGCAACUUCAGACUCCUCCAGCUAGGCAAGCUGGGGGAGAGGACUGGUCUCGGUUCAAAUUUCUCCUUGCUUCAGUGUGGUCACUUCUGAACAGUAUUUCUCACGGUGCUGAAUAAAGUUUGCAAAAAGAGGC